UCGAAAUAUUCGAAAUUGGUGGAUGCCAGGUGGUAACUUGUGUCUGGCCCCCCCGCUUGGCGGUUCAUUGAGCAGCUGCGGUGUUCGUUGUCGUUGUCGCUGGACAAAUUGUUGCAGAGCUCAGGCUUCUUUUCUGCUUGGUUACCGACCAAGUUAGCAUAUAUCCACUCUACCCUUUGUCUUCCCUCUCAGUCUUGCCUAAUCACCCUUUUUGGCGUCCCCUUCGUCAACAAUGACGACUGUCUCUCUCAAAAUGCCACGUUCUGCUUCCAUGCCCUACCCUCCCGUUGACCUCGCUGCUCUCCCCACCAGGUCCACGCGUACCUCCAACGCCCCCUCGCUCAGACGCGAUUCCCACCUCCUUGUCGCCGAUGCACCAAUAACACCCCCCUUGUCACCAGGACGCAGCGCACUCAGCAUCGAGGACGCCGACAUGGACGAUGGAGAUGAUUCCAUCAUUGUUGAUGUCGAGCCGCGGUACAGCGGUCCCGACGUCCAGAAUUAUGCCGAAUACCAACCCCGGCUGCCUGUGCCAACAGUUGCCCCGUCAAUGGAGAGCCCCCAGCGUCCUUUACGCUCGCUCGAGGAUGAGCAGGUCCACCUCCAGAGAAAUGGUCUCAAGUUGACGGAUUUCGAGGUCAGAGGCGUCCUAGGGACCGGAACCUUCGGUCGCGUCCUCCUCGUCCGACAUCGAGGAUCAACAGGCACUCAGAGUCACUUUGCGAUGAAGGUGCUGCGCAAGACGGAAAUUGUCCGUCUCCGACAAGUCGAGCAUGUCAACGCCGAGCGAUACAUCCUUUCAAGGGUGCAUCAUCCGUUUGUUGUCGACCUCUUUGCCACAUUCCAGGACAGUUUGAAUAUCUACAUGCUCAUGUCAUACGUCCCCGGAGGAGAGCUCUUCACCCACCUCCGUAGAGCCCAUAGGUUCACGCCAGACGUCACCAGGUUUUAUCUCGCCACCAUCAUUUUAGCGCUUAAAUACCUCCACUCCUUCAACAUUAUUUACCGAGACCUCAAACCAGAGAACCUCCUCCUUGAUUCUCGUGGCUAUCUCCGGCUCACCGAUUUUGGUUUUGCAAAGAUUGUUGACGACCGUACCUGGACCCUCUGUGGCACACCAGAAUAUCUUGCUCCCGAAAUCAUCCAAUCCGACGGCCACGGUAAAGCCGCUGAUUGGUGGGCAUGUGGUGUUCUCUGCUAUGAGAUGCUGGUCGGCUAUCCGCCUUUUUUUGACGAAUCCCCGUACGGGAUUUACGAGAAGAUUCUCAAUGGUCAUAUCCACUGGCCGAAAAGCAUGGAUCCGCUUUCCAAGAGUCUUGUCAAAGCAUUUCUGAAUCCAGAUCGGACCCAGAGGUUGGGCAACAUGAUUGGUGGUCCCCAGGAUAUUCUGGACCAUUCCUGGUUUAGAGGCGUGGACUGGGAUGCGUUGGAGAGACGGGAAAUAAACGCCCCCAUUGUCCCCAUGACAUCUUCCGGAGACGAUACCCGACAUUUUAUGGCCCAGCCCCUUCCACCGCCUGACGAGAUGCCCGGCCUCCUUAGAGAAGAAGCACCCGCUACCAUCUUUGAGCGCUUCGACCCCAUAAAUUAUCAGUUUCUCGAGUUUUAAAGGCCUCCACCGUGUGUAUCGACCAAGCUAUUUAUUCCACAUUAAAUUUUGCUACGUUUUCCCGGCCUUAUUUAUUUCUUCAGCAUCUGAUUGUAUCAAAUUACUACCCGCUCUUUUCUGUCUUCUCAUCUCUCUCCGAUCGUAUGGGUCUUUCUUCUUGACGUAUGCAUCACUUCUAUUGUAUAUAUCAUUAUUCGUAGUACAUAAUACCGUACUCGUUCUUCGUUCUUUCGUUCUUUCCGUCUUUCUUGUCUUGUCAGCACUCAAAUAGUGUAGCCGUGAUCUGCUCUGCUCUUUGGGCACAAACCUUAAGUAUACCUCUCUUGUAUUGUUACUUAGGUAGAUGUAACGACCAUCGCUUUUUAAUUACU